AUGUCCCGAUCAUUUUUUGUAGACGCGUUAAUAAGUGAAACGAAAGAUUGCAAAAAUACAGAAAUGACUAGUGAUCCGCUACAAACGUAUACAAAUCUUAUGAGCCACCACAUGGAUGUUAGACCAAAGUUCCUGCCCUUACCUUAUCCGGGGAACUUAAACAACUUAUUGAGUCUUGGACUUCAGCAGCAGCAACGAACGCCUGAUCUGUUCAGGCCGUUUUUAGAGCAUCUCAAUUUUCGUUACCCAUUACUACAUCAGUUGCCACGUCAGCCAGUAUAUGAACCAAUUCAAGGUGAAAACCAUCAAUUUGAGUACGCAACAUCUGAAGAACAAGAAGCAUUCGUUAAGCGAAAAAAGAAGUCAGUGUCACCUUACUUUCAUCCUUAUAAAUCUGCAGCAACAUCACCAUCAAAGAGCCAAGGCCAGAGAUCGCCGUCAUUAUCUAGCGAGAGUAGAAAUGGUACACCAAGCCCACCCAUCGCUCAUCAAGAAGAACUGCUUCCAGGAUAUUCAAAAGAUUUGAAACGUUUGCCUCUUAAAGAAGAUUCUAGCAAACGUAUACGCACUGCUUUCACCGGUACACAACUUCUGGAACUCGAAAGAGAAUUUUCGAUGAAUAUGUAUUUGUCUCGACUGAGAAGAAUAGAGAUCGCUUCAAGAUUGAAGCUAUCGGAGAAACAAGUGAAAAUUUGGUUUCAAAACCGUCGCGUUAAGUUGAAGAAGGAAGAGAGUCCCAUAACUGUUGAUGGUAGAACUAAGAAAUGUUGCUGUUCUAAGGCCUCUUGCUCAAAAAACAGUUCGGCAUCUUGUGAAAAUGAUCAAGAACAUAUAGACGUAGUCAGUGACAACGACACGAGUUUCGAGGCGCAAAAUUUGUCGCGAUAUUCU